CCCCGCUGCGUGCUCUGUUGCGUGUUUUCGCUAUUUGUCCUGCAAAUGGCGGUUGUCGCGGUGUUUGGUGCGAUGUGUCCUCGCGGUUAACUACGCCACACCGCGCUCAGUGCAUCACUCGGCGGACGCGAGCGUGCGACGGUGCGAGGGCCGGUGCCGCGAACGGCGGAUCACUCGCCAUCAUGGUGAAGCUACAGAAGAGAUUCUACGCCGGCGACAAGGUGUUCGCCAAAGUUCGAGGUUACCCGCCAUGGCCAGCCAAGGUUGAGAAAGUCAACGAUCCAAACUCCAAGAACGCUCGAUACAGCGUUUACUUUUAUGGAACAGGAGAGACAGCCGUCUGUAAGGUCGAGGAGUUGUACACAUAUGCCGAAAAUAAAGAAAAAUACGGCAAACCCAACCGACGAAAGUUCUUUCAUGAAGGCAUACAGCAGCUCGAGCAAGAACUUAAAAACGACAGAAACCAGCCUUUGGCAGAUAUCGCUGCUAUUAAAGGUGCCGAGACGACGGAGCUGCCAGCUGCCAGCGCUACCGACAGUGACAUGGAAACUGGUUCUUUAGUAAUAGACGAAGGAGAGAAGAAGAAACCUGUCAAGAGGAAAGCUCUUACAGCCACCUCUAAUACUCCGCAAGAUACUCCUGAAGUGAAGAAAAAACGUGGUAGAGGAAAAGCUGCGAACGACACGUCAAAACAAGAGGCUGCAUUGGAUUCGCAAGGCGAGGAGUCCCCUAAAGAGGUGGUCAGCCGCAGUGGGCGUAAGAUCAAACCAAAACGAUUUGCAGACUUUUCGAGUUCAGAUGAAACCGAAACCAAUACAGAACAUUCUGGUCGAGGUCGUAAAGCGAAAAACGAAGACUCUAAUGAGCAUCAAAUGACACCAAAUGUGACGCAUAAAAAAAGAGCGGCUAUCGAAAAAAGAAAUAAUGAAGCUUCGAUUCUCGAUGGAACCGUAGUAUCGAGUGGAACAUCUUCCGACACAUCCAGUAGAGUUCUCUUAGCUCGUACAUUUGCCGGGGAGCACGUAGGUAUUAAGCUGGACAUAGACAGGCCAAAGUCUUUCGAGAGUGAAAAAGCUCGAGCGCAAUGGGAUUGGACAACGGCUAGGAAUGCCAUGAAACUCAAGACACAAUUAGAGAGCGGUGAAAUUUUGCCAGAACAAGUGAAAGAUUCUUUAGACUUCAAUGUACCCGUGCCGGAAGACGAGAAACGGCUUUUGACAAAAGACGGAGCUGUUCAUCGCAAAACAUACAAACUGAGAUGGCUUCGUAUAGAGGCUCAACUUCUACAACUAGAUGCUCAAAUCAAAUCUAAUCUUGGACUGGAUCGAGCCAAUACAGAUAAAUGUUUACAAGCCAUGGAUGAUAUCUUGGCUCUUCCAAUUGAUCCUUUAAUGCUGAAGAAACAUCCUCACAUUGUUGAAACAGUGAAAAGGCUGCGGCGAUAUAUUGGAAACAUAGGAGAGUGGAAAUUAAGCGAGGAGGAUGGGAUUAUCUUUAAGCAAAAAGCGGAGCAGAUUAGACAAAAAGCUGAGCACAUAUACAACAAAUAUAAGGCUAUGUUUACUAUACCUGAGGGUCAAUCGUUUUGGCAAUCAUUUUCCGAUCAAGUUGUCCAUUUCAAGAAAUUGACCAAAGAUAUGCCCGAAGAGAAAGUAUUUUCACUGAUGUCUGAUCCUGCUUGUUCAGACACGGGUAUAUCGGAGGAUUUACCUGCACAUGAUAGCGGUAAUCAACUGGACGCAGAUUCAAUGACUGAAACGGAGCUCAUAGUACAACCAGAACAAAAAGCAGAACGCGAACGAAAAUCAGAAACGGAAGCUGAGCUGGAACCAAAAGCGAAUGCAGAGACCGAACCAACAUCACAAGCGGAGUCAGAACCGAUUGCUGAAAGGGAAGUAGAAGCAGAAGUGCCUACUAGAAGUGAGAGUCCUAAGAAUGAAGCAGCCAAGUAACAUAUGUAAACUUUUUUAUCUGAUAAUAUAAACUUUUGCUUAUUUUCUUGUAUAUCUUGUAUUACGGUACUAAAAAAAAGCAUAUUAUAAUUAUGAAGUACAUCGGGCGCAUUCAUAAAGCAAUUUCUUAGUUAA